AUGAAAGACUUAAAACUGUUAGUAGAAUAAUUUCUGCUCAUCGAUUUUUACAUGUUAUGUAAAAAAUAAUCUCUUUGUUCUCAAGAAUUAUCAAGAUAAAUAUCAAGAGGUUAUAUUUAACAAUAAUCCAAAAAGAAACCAAUUCAAAAAGUUAUUCAAAAAUAUUCAGAAUCAGUUCAUAAGUAAAAGCAAUAAAAUAAUAGAUUAAUAAUUUUAAAGUAACCAUCCUUUUUCUAUAGAUAAAGAAAAAAUCAAUUAAAAUAUUCUUCUACUUAUUGGUUGGUUGAAUUUGUGCAUGGUGCUAGCUCAUCACAAAUGAUCAUCUCCCUAAACUAACUCAGUUUCACCAACAAGAUUUAAGUUGGCUUAAGCAACUAAUCUAUUAGAACCAAACGAAGAAACAAACAUUAUCCAGAUCUUAGAAGAAUCAUUCAAAAUAUCCAACAAUCUGAAAAUAAGAUAAUAAAAAGCACUUAUAAGUUAGGAUUCUUUACAGGUUGUUUAAUACGGCUAUUUUUACCCAAUUUGAUUUAUUAUUUAUUUGAAAAACUCAAUAAAAUGCAUAAAGCACAGAAGAAAAAUACUUCAAAUCUGAUUCUAUUCAAAAAGUGUUCCGCCAAAGAACUCAUAAAUAUUAAAUAUAAUGACAAAGAAAUAACGGAACUUAAAAUAGAGCAGUUUAUCAAACCGUCUAAAAUCUGA